GUCUGGAUAUCCAAACAAUGGAUCCAAACUGGGCAGGGUGGAGUAUGAUGUGCGUGCACCGAUGAAGACUUGCAUGAAAAGUUCUUUGAAUAGCCCAAAUUGUACAACACCGACUUGAUCAUUGACCAAACGGAAUUCAAGUGAGCCGGCACGUAAGUGAUCAGCAACCAAGUUUGUAUUAUUUGCCCUGUAUUGUGUAUAAUCGGUGCGUAAUAUCCUUCAACAUAACAACGCCAAUUGAUGAAUGAAUACAGAAUUAAUAUCACCGCAGGAAUGUCUUAUGCAAUAUUUACCAUCUGAAAUUGCGGCAAAUGGAAUUUUUUUGUACCAUCCCAUAUUUUUGAUUCGUUACAUUUCGAAUACCAAAUGUUUGAUAGUAUGUUAUUAAAAAACGACAAAAUUUGGAUUUAUUCGCAAGGUCCAUGAAUAAAUGAAAUGAAACAAAGUUCAAUCUUAGUUCUUAGUUUCAUUUCACUUACCAAAUGAUCUGAAAAUGCCACUCAUUUUCAUUCUAUUUGUAAUUGCAAGUACACACAUUUCUAACUCGUUGGUGGCCGCCAGUGCGUACAUGUGAGAGAGUGAUGUGUGUGUGUGUGUGUGUGUAUGUGUGUGUGUGAGGAGCGGAAGGCGGUAAUGACGGGCGAUAGAUGAAAGUAACACCAUCUAGUGCAAUCUGACGGUAAUACUGUAAAAAUUAAGCCAUCAGUGGAGGUGCUUGCAGCGCUCACAACGAUUUUGGUAGCUUCCCAUUUAAAAUACAUUAUGAGAGUUCCUGGAACUGUCUUUUUUAUACUACUCCAUUCGAAUCAAACAAUGAUGACAAAAAAUUAUCAAAAAGUUCGGUUUUUCCAGACCAAUUUGUCGAUUGUAAAAAAUCUAGUUGGAAGUCAAUUCAAAUAUUGGAUUUACAAUUCAAAUCAAAUUCCGAGUUCGACUUCUAUACAAUCUAAUGUAGUCUAUGCUGUAGAAUCGGAAAAUUCAGAGUUUGUUUGAACGAAGCGAAACUCUAAAUAUCUCAAGACGUGUGAAAUAUUCCAAAUUUUCAUUGGACUGAUUGAACAUUUUUGAACUUCGUUUAUUGUGACAGUAAACAAUUACUUACAAAUAUAUUUUUCGAAACAGGAAAAAUUUCCUAAUCGUCAACUGUACUGUGUUGCAAUCAUUACAUUUCUAAUCGAAUUGAAAAGAUUACAAAGUUGUGAAUAGAGUGUUGACGCCAGACAUAUUGAUAACAAUGCGUAAAAAAAUUCCCGAAAAAAUUCCUUGGUCACGUUCAUAGAUCGGAACACUAUGAUAGAGUGGAGAUGAGACUCGUUUGUUGUUUGUUCGAAAACAUCGCAAAAUAGAAAGCCACUUCUCCUUCUCGUUAAUUUAAUCGCACUGAUAAGGAACUCGUCUAUACACAAUCAAGGCACAAAUGCACAGCACUAAAAAUAAGAGCGAAUCAAAUACAUACAUUGCCUCAAAAUAAAUGACUACUCAAUUUUAUUUUUUUCCAAACUUAUCACUUUGGAUUGAAGAAGCGAGUUGUCUGUUUACGUACAGCUUAUAAGUAAUCUCAGUGUACUUUUCAUUUCAUUUGCCAUUCUAUCGCCGAUGAGUUUCAGUUAAUUGUUUAACCGUUAGAAUUGUUUGACACAGAAAAAGUAGCACGGAAUCAGAGAGGAGACAAAUAUGUUGCGUAUUCCGCAAAGGAUUCAGCUCCAUGGCAUUCGAUAUAAGCACAGUGGAAAAGUGAUAGCGAUUCGACGAGAGGAUCAAUCGGUUUGGGAACGAAGAGCUCCAUUUGCGCCACAUCAUGUGAAAAGGCUGGUUAAAAAAGGUGUCUCGGUUCUAGUGCAACCUUCAAAUCGUCGUGCCUAUCCAAUGCAGUCGUAUUUGGAAGCCGGUGCGAUGAUACGAGAAGAUAUAAGUGAUGCAAGCGUCAUAUUUGGGGUGAAACAAGUGCCAAUCGAUGCACUCAUACCGGAAAAGACCUAUUGCUUCUUUUCGCACACAAUCAAAGCGCAGGAAUCAAAUAUGCCACUUUUGGAUGCAAUUCUAGAGAAGAAUAUUCGACUCAUCGACUAUGAGCGAAUCAUUGAUGAAUCGGGCCAACGGCAAGUUGCGUUCGGGAGAUAUGCAGGCGUUGCUGGGAUGAUCAAUAUUUUGCAUGGAUUGGGACUUAGAUUACUAGCACUUGGUCAUCACACUCCGUUCACACACAUAGGCCCGCCACAUAACUACCGCAAUUCGUCAAUGGCUCGUCAAGCUGUACGAGACUGUGGCUAUGAAAUCGCUUUGGGUUUAAUGCCGAGAUCCAUUGGCCCACUAACAUUCAUAUUCACUGGGUCAGGAAAUGUUUCGCAGGGUGCAAAAGAAGUAUUCCAAGAUUUACCCAUUGAAUACGUUGCACCGGAGACUCUUCGCAAAGUAUCCGAACAUGGAAGUCAAAGCAAAGUGUACGGUUGCGAAGUGAGUCGAGCGGAUCAUUUGGAACGUCGUGAAGGCGGUGGUUUUGAUCCACAAGAAUACAUAGAAUUUCCGGAGCGUUAUAUUUCAACAUUUUCAACGAAAAUUGCUCCUUAUGCUUCGGUCGUAGUCAAUGGAAUUUACUGGGCAGUUGGGAGUCCAAAAUUACUAACCAUUCCCGAUGCAAAAACUCUAUUGCGACCAGCAAACACACCUUGGUUACCAUACAGCCUAGGAGCCCCACCAUUGCCACACCGAAUGUUGGCUAUUUGCGAUAUCUCAGCUGAUCCGGGCGGUUCAAUUGAAUUCAUGAACGAAUGCACAAACAUCGAUACACCGUUCUGUUUGUACGAUGCCGAUCGUAACAAGGACACAAAAAGCUUCGCUGGUCCUGGUGUACUUGUUUGCUCGAUUGACAAUAUGCCGACGCAGCUUCCAUUAGAAUCGACUGAUUUAUUCGGUGACCUUCUAUUGCCCCAUACUGUGGAUAUUCUACAAAGUGACGCCAGAAAACCACUUGAAAGCCAUAAAUUCAGUUUCCCAGUUCAUUCGAGUAUCGUUGCAAGCAACGGUAAAUUGACUGAGAAUUUCGAAUACAUCGCUGAGCUUCGAGAGUCGUCCAUUCGCAAUCGUAACGAGAGUUCGUUGGAUGGUCGUAAGCAGGUGCUUGUAUUGGGUGCGGGUAUGGUGUGUGCACCAAUGCUUGAAUAUCUAUAUCGGGAUGAAAAACUAUCGAUCAAUGUUUGUUCACAAUUCAAAGAUGAAGCCGAUCGGAUUGCCAAUAAAUUUCCAGGAAUCCGAAGUACUUAUUUAAAUGUUACCGAAAAUCCAAAUCAUUUAGCCGAACUGUGUAGCAAUAGCGAUGUAGUUGUUUCGCUUUUGCCAUACGCACUGCAUGGACUCGUUGCGGAGAAAUGUAUUGAUGUGAAAACACACAUGGUAACGGCAAGCUAUAUCACAGAUCAUGUUCGAUCAUUGCAUCAAGCGGCUAAAGAUGCCGGAGUAACUCUGUUGAAUGAAGUUGGUUUGGAUCCGGGUAUUGAUCAUUUCUUGGCUUUGGAAGAGAUUAAAAAUAUCCACGAAAGAGGCGGUUUUAUUGAAUCAUUCAUUAGUUAUUGCGGUGGCCUACCAGCGCCAGAGCAUUCAAAUAACCCACUUCGAUACAAAUUCUCGUGGUCGCCAAGAGGAGUGUUGGCUAACACACUGUCACCAGCUAAAUACUUGAGCCGUGGUCAGAUUGUUGAAAUCUUGGGCGGUGGUGAUUUAAUGUCAGCACCAAAAGAUUUGAAAUUCUUGCCUGGUUUCGCUUUAGAAGGUUUUCCAAAUAGAGACUCCACCAAAUACGGUGAAUUAUAUGGGCUGGGACCGAAUGUAAGCACUUUAUUGCGUGGAACAAUUCGCUAUAAAGGCUUCUCGGAAUGCAUUCAAGCCAUUCAAACAUUGGGUCUAAUCGACACCGAACCACAUCCAAUGCUUCAUCCAAAAGGACCGGAAAUCACAUGGCGGCAACUCAUCGUUAAUAUGCUCGGAUUGACCGAUUCGACCAUUUUCUAUGAAAAUUUGAAACAACGUUUGGCCGAACGUAUUCCACAACAUGGCGAAUUCAUUGAACGGCUCGGUUUAUUGGACGAAACGCCAGUUGUAAAAUUAAAUACACCAAUCGACACAUUGAGCGAUUAUCUGUCGAAACGAUUGGCAUUCGAUGAUAACGAACGUGAUUUAGUAAUUCUACGUCAUGAGUUCAUCGUACGUUGGCCGGAUAAUACGCGUGAAGAGAAGGGUAUUGACUUUGUGGUCUACGGUACACCAGCUGCACAGGGAGGAGACUCAGCUAUGGCACUAACCGUUGGUUAUCCAGCAGCGAUCGCAACAAAGAUGAUCCUCGAUGGUGAAAUUCAAGAGCGUGGAGUUGUAUUACCAUUUGCACCCGAUGUCUUCAUGCCAAUGCUGAGCCGUUUGCGUGCCGAAGGAUUCAGUUCGAGUCAUUCAUCCCGAAUGAUCAACUGAAAUUGAUAUAUAUUUAAAAAAAAAAGAAAAUUUCAUUUCCACUUUAUCUCAUAAAUGCCCAAAUGUCAAAAGAUUUCUGCCAUUUUAAACGUAAUUUAUUUCCAUUUCACAAUUAAAGAUUAACCCUCUAAUGCAUAGAACCGUCUCUAGACGGGCAACAUUUGAAUGCCUGUAGAACGUAAACCGUACAUCGGAUCACAUUGCUUCAAAGGGAAUUUUUAUUCGUCAAUGUUUUCUAUUCAUUUUUGUCGUUAGCAAUAUUUGUGUAUGUAGUGUGAUUGUGAAGUUAUUAACAAAAAUGUGUGCAAAAACAAAAGUUUGACAAAAUAAAUUAUUUGGUUUCCAAAUUAGACAAAUUUUUGACACUUUUAAACAAUGGAUUUGAUUCCAGGAUUAUGAAUAUUUUUUUUUAAUUAUCUAUGGCCAAAAAUCAUCCAAGUAUCAGUACUCCCAGCCCUGGGAAAAAUUAAUGCAUUAGAGGGUUAAAUGGAGCAAUAAA